AUGUUUGCGGUCACCGGCACCGGCUUGACCGUUGUGAGAUAUUACAGCAACGAUAGAAAGCCAACGCGGUUCGGCCUUGACAACUGGGAUAGACAAAUGAUGGAACGCGAUAGACGUCUUACUGGAUCUGUCCGUGGUCAAUCGUCUGAAGCUAUUGCACCCGCUGAAUUUGCCACCAACAGCGUAUGGUAUUUGGAGAAGCCAAGAUCGACGUAG